UGUUUUGGUGAGACUAACAAACAGUAACACUGUCUCCGUGUGCUAUUGAAAAGUGUCAGUAUUUAGUUUUUCCACGAUCCUUAGCUAAACCUGUAUAUAAAUAUUGGGUAUUGGCAACGUUUACUGAGAAAAUACUUUUUACUAUGUGUAGUUGGACCUUGCGAACUAGAAACUGUUUACUAUUUAUCCAAAUAAAUAGUUAAUCUGGUAAACUCGGCGGUUUAAUUGGGUUUGUCAUGUUCGUAACUAAGUUUCUGUGUUAGUAUGGGGUAUUAGUGAAUGCUAGCAUUGUUUAUGUUGCAAGAGUUUAUUGUUAGCUAAUAGCUGUCAGUAUCUGUCCUAGGAAUGACAGUUUUAAUCAGCAGUAGUCUAACGGAACGGUUAUUGCACGGUUAUUAUUUUUGCCAAUUGCAUAUAACAUGUAACACCUCACCGUUACUACUCAGGGAUAGUUAGCCGGGGAGCUAACCGAGCUGAUGACGAGGUAAAAAUGGCGGAUCUUUCGAAAUCCAACCCUGGCCUGAAAUAGAAACGCAGCCAACAAACAGACCGAGAGAGAGCUGAGACGUUUCAGGCAUGGAUGUGGUGUCACCAGAGCUCAACAGCCUUCUGCCUGAUGAGAUCAUGGAUACUGAGGCCAUUGAGGUUGUCCCUCACUCCCAACCUGUCUCUGCCAUGGUCCAGUCAGAAGCCAGUGUGGACACGCCAGUUCCCAUGGAAACGGAUACACCUGCAGAAAAUCUGAAAGUGUGUCCAGAUGCCACCUCAGUUAAACUUGCUCAAACUCUUUCCACAUCAAUAUCCACACCCACACCCACAGACUCUGCACUCGGAAUCAGCUCGGAAAGUCAUGUAUUAAUAUCAGGUUCACCAUCAUCCCUUCUUACUCUAAAACCAGCGCUGUCUAUAUCCACAGCCACCACUAAAACGACAGACAGUGUGACUGCCACGACUGUUUCUACCAGUGGGCUACAGAAGCUCCAGGCUCCCUUUACCAUUUCUCCUGCCAACCACCAAAUUAUCCUCAACAAGGUAGCCUCAUCACAGGCCACGGAAGCAACAAAGCCUGCAGAAACUCUGCAACAGGUCAUCAAGCAAGAUGGACAAAAAUUAUUGGUCACAACAAUAGGAAAGCCAGGGCAGCCUAUAGUGCUGCAGUUACCUCACAUGACCAGCAAGCCUGGCGCUUCACAGACUUCAGGAGACCUAAAGUCUCCGGUACCACAUUUUAAAGUGCUGACGAUUGGUGGAAGGUCGGAGUUGAAGCCUGUGGUGGGCAGUCCUGCAAACCAGCUGACGACGGUUCAGGCCCAGCAGCUGAAGGCUGUACAGAUUGCUAAGAAAACUCCAGUCUCCUCAGGCACACCAAUCAAGUUUAUCAUCACAAAAACGGUUAACAGCAAAAGCCUCAGUCCUCAGACGUCAGUUCCUCCAGUUAUAGCUGGACGGGUUGUGACGCAGAAUUCCCCGGUGGUGCCUGCGAGGACCAUUACUCUGUCUGAGCCUCACAACAGCAGCUUACAGAGCAUCCCUGGCAAAAAGAUCGCCAUCUCACCGCUUAAAACUCCCAGCAAGGUCACUGUUGUAUCUGUGGCUUCACCUACAUCCAACUCCUCCCAGAAGUCGGUGGCGUUACCUGUCAACGUAGCACUCGGCCAGCAGAUCCUUACAGUCCAGCAGACCACGCCUGUGUCUCCAGUCAAGGUGGCCACAAGCCAGCCCACUGUCCAGAAUAUUAAACCUGUUCCAUCCGUGACCGUCGGCAGCUCUCAGUUUAAGACCAUAAUCCCCUUGGCCACUCAGCCUACUGUGCAGCAGAUCCAGGUACCAGGAAGCAGGUUUCAUUAUGUGCGCCUGGUAACAGCAACAACAGCGAGCAGCACAGGACAGCCCAGUGCUCCCAGUACCAGCUCCAUACAAACAGCUAAACCUGUGGUGGUUGGUACAGGACCAGUCAGGAUGUCUGUCCCCAUUGUCCCAGCACAGACUGUCAAACAGGUGGCUCCUAAGCCUUUGACAUCCUCAGCACAAGUAUUGACCACCACGCAGACCCAGCAACGCCUCAUCAUGCCUGCAACCCCGUUACAACAGAUCCAGCCCAACUUCACCAACCUCCCUCCAGGCACCGUCCUAGCACCAGCUCCAGGGAGUGGAAAUGUGGGCUACGCAGUCGUGCCUGCUCAAUAUGUGACUCAGUUACAGCAGUCACAGUUUGUGACCCUCUCCAGUUCUGGUUUUACAACCUCCUCUUCAGUCCAGACUCAAGCCAGACUUCCACUUAAUGGUUUGACGCCAGCAGAAUCGACUUCGAGACAAAGGAAACCGUGCAACUGCACAAAGUCACAGUGUCUCAAACUGUACUGUGACUGCUUUGCAAACGGUGAAUUUUGCAACAACUGUAACUGCAACAACUGCUUCAACAAUCUGGAACAUGAAACAGAACGUCUCAAAGCCAUCAAGACAUGUCUCGACCGGAACCCAGAGGCCUUUAAACCUAAGAUUGGUAAAGGGAAAGAAGGAGAGUCGGAGCGCCGGCACAGCAAAGGGUGCAACUGCAAGCGAUCUGGCUGCUUAAAGAACUACUGCGAGUGCUACGAGGCGAAAAUCAUGUGCUCAUCCAUUUGUAAAUGCAUUGGCUGCAAAAACUUUGAAGAGAGCCCAGAGAGGAAGACACUGAUGCAUUUGGCAGAUGCAGCAGAAGUGAGAGUGCAACAGCAAACUGCAGCCAAGACCAAGCUGUCCUCGCAGAUCUCAGACCUGUUGAUGCGGCCGACGCCUGUUAUUUCAAGUGGGGGUGGAAGAAUGCCAUAUACGUUCGUCACAAAGGAGGUGCUGGAGGCAACGUGUGAGUGUUUACUGGAGCAGGCCAAAAAGGCGGAACAGACUCACCAGCCUCAGGCUGAAGUAGAGAGGCUGAUCCUGGAGGAGUUUGGACACUGUCUCAUGAGUAUAAUCAGCUCGGCGGGGAAAGCCAAAGCAGACUGUGCCUCAAUUAACUGCUGAGCAGACCAUUCCUGAAGACUCUCCCUCCCCCCCGCUGACCUCUCACACCCUCGGGAGUUUCUCCUCAUCAGAAGGCAGAACAGUGACCUGAUAAUAAAGGGAGUGUGUCCGUGCUGAGCUGAGAACAGCUGGAAUAAUAAACAGUCGUUUGCACUGUCCUUAAAUGAAGGACAGAUGGACACUGUGGUGUGUCAGCCUUCAGAAGUGUUAACCACACCUGUUCAUCUGACCGUGGCGGACAGAUGUGACGGAGUGACGUUGUGCCCUGGCAGAAUACAGACUUGUCUUCACUUUAUUUUCCAGACCAGGCCAUAAAACAAUCUGUUUCUCACACUUUUUCUUUUCCUUUUAUAUUCUAUUUUUACUUUGUCUUUUCCAUGUCUGUCAUUUUGGUAAGAAACUUGUAUGUAAUCAGUGCAUUUGUGCUUUUUGGCCAGACAAGCAGAAGAUGUAUCCAUUGAUAUUUAUUUUCAUAUGUGUUUGUAUUCAUUUUCAGCGCCAAUAUGUGUGGCUUACAGUACAGCUAACAGAUGUUAAUAUUGUUAUUAUUAUUAUUAUUACCCGCUUAGACUUAAUUGUCUCAAUGAAGAUAAGUAGCGGUAGUUUGGGGUUCAAUCCUAAAUGCAAGUGUACAUGGAUUGCACACAAGAACACCCACAUACACACAAAAUGCAUUACAAACAAACAUGUAUAGCUCUGGUCCAAUCGUUUGACCAGACUGGCAAAAAGUGACACUGGCGCUGUUUUCUGUUUAACACUCACAGGUUUUUUGUACAUUAAAAAUGUCUUAAACUGGAAAGAAAUGACUUCUCCACAGAGGUUGUCUUUCUGACAGUGCUUUGUCUCUUGGUUUGUCUCACUGUGAGCAACAUGUCUCAUUCUCAGUACAGCAGGUCCAUGGAUCAUGAACAAAUCAUUUCUUUUUAUUAUUUUUUGUAAAUCAGAUCAGUCUUACCUUAGCAGUGACUGCUGUAGCGGUGUUCACACAGGGCUGUGUGUGUUCUGUGGUAAAUCAGUCCCAGAUAAAUUAUUUAAUAUUGUAAUAAAUAAUUUAAUAAUGAUAAA